AUGACCGAAGCGAUAACUCAAAAACGUAGACCUGGAAAUUCAGCUUUUAAACAACAACGUCUGAGUGCGUUCCAACCAAUUAUAACACCAAAAACUGUAUUUCCAGUAUUCCUCGUAAUUGCUGCGAUAUUUGCCCCAUUGGGUGGAAUUCUGUAUUAUCUUAAUGAUAAAGCUUCGGAAUUGUCUAUAGAUUAUACACAUUGCGAAACGGACGCACUAAAUGACUUUGGUUUAAUACCUUCAAAAUAUGUAACCGAUUCUAUGAGACUCAAAUUCCCACCAAAAGAUAAACAACUUCCUAGAUGGAAAAAAUCGAACAUUACUAUUCCUCCAAAUAAUAAAACGAUUCCUCAAUGUUCCAUUCGUUUUUAUAUACAUAAAGAAAUGAAACCUCCUGUAUAUUUAUAUUAUCGUCUUACAAAUUUUUAUCAAAAUGAAAGAAAUUACGCUAGAAGUUUGGAUACAGAUCAACUUAAAGGAAAGAUUAUAGAUAAAGAGAAAAUUAAACGUGGUGGUUGCAAGAACUUUGGAGUUCUUCAUGGCACUAUAAUAUAUCCCUGUGGAUUACUUGCAAAUUCUAUGUUUAAUGAUACCAUAGGAAAUCUUACUUUAAUAAACGAUGAAUCAUUACAAAAUACAAAUUUAACAUAUAAUUUUUCUUAUACCGGUAUUGCACCACCUGCGGACGCAGCAAAAUAUAAACUUACUGAAUAUAACAUUAGUGAAAUUCGACCACCUUCAAAUUGGGUAGAAAGAUACCCAAAUGGUACAUAUACAAGCGAUUAUCCUCCAAUAGAUCCAUCAAAAGAUGAACAUUUUCAAGUUUGGAUGCAUACAGCUGGACUUCCGAUUUUUAGAAAACCAUAUGGAUUGAACGAACAUAUGCCAUUACAAGUUGGAUAUUAUCAAAUAGACGUUGGUACAGUUUUUCCUGUCAAAGGUUAUGGUGGUACUAAAUCCAUAGUAAUAUCAACAACUUCCGUUGUCGGUAGUAGACAUCCGUUUCUGGGAAUGGCUUAUGUAGUAGUGGGCGUAUUAUGUGGGAUGAUUGGUAUUUUAUUGGCCGUUGAAAGUUACUUUAAUUCUCGCAAAAGAAUGGAUCGUAGAUAUGAAUCUAUGAAAACCCGAAAUAGCCAAAAGAAUAUUAAUCCACACAAUAAGUAA